AUGCCGAAAUCAUUGGCCAGCCUAGAGGUGUUGGUCGAUUUCUCAAUGAACAAUAAAGCGCUUAACAACAACAAUAAGCACAAUAACUACUAUUACUACUGCUACGCACGCAGCAACCGCAAGUGUCUUAAAAGCCUCAUCGCAACAGAUGUCAACUCACGUCGUCAGGUGGAAAAUGUUUUCAACUGUCAACGCUUGUCCAGCACGAAGCGUCCAGCGUCCAGAGUGUGGAGUCCCGUGAGCCAGCAGCAGCAACAACAACAACGGCAACAACAACAACAGCAACGACAACAACAUGUACGUGGCAUGGGUGCUAAGAAGAUUUGGAUGCCGCUUAUCAUAUUCCUUUCACUGCAGCUGCUCGUCUUGGCGGAUGACGUCGAGGUGGUGAAGUCGAUUGCCGGUAAUGAGGAGCUGCCCGAGCAUGAGAACGAAGUCGAUCAGAUGGCACUUGAAUCGGAGCAAGAGCAACAGCAAUCGUCCAAAGUGCAGGUGAACUAUCAACAUAAUGCCCCCCAAGCACCGCCCGUGGGAUCAGUGGGUUCGGGCAACAAUCAUCAGAAUAUACCGCUGAGUUUUGGUCAACCCUUUGGUCCACCACCACCGCCGGCUCAGUUCUAUAAGGGACCGCCACCGCCGCCCAUGUCACAGCCACAGCGGCCACCACCGCCGCCACCACCGCAGGUGCAGGUUCAAGUACAGUCGCCAUCGCAGCAGCAGUCCCAGCAAGUACUGCCACCACAGGUGCUGCCAGAUCUGAGUGUUGGCGGCUCGAGCAGUAAUGAGAUUUGGGCCUCGCCUGUGCAGGACAUGCCGAAGAUUAUAUCGUUGGAUGUGAAGUGUGAGAAGAGCGGCAUGAAGGUGUUCGUUCAAUUCGACAAACCCUUCAACGGCAUCGUCUUCUCCAAGGGCCAUUACAGCAACAUGAAUUGUGUGCAUCUGCCGUCGGGCUUAGGUCGUAGUUCGGCCACCUUCGACAUCGGACUGCAUGAGUGUGGCACCUCAGGCAAUACGGAGAACUAUGGCCAGAGCUAUGGACAUGAAUCCGGGGCAGGCACCUAUUUCGAGAACAUCAUCGUCAUCCAGUACGAUCCGCAGGUACAGGAGGUGUGGGAUCAGGCACGCAAGCUGCGCUGCACCUGGCAUGAUCAGUACGAGAAGAGUGUUACCUUCCGACCCUUCCCCGUGGACAUGCUGGAUGUGGUGCGUGCCGACUUUGCCGGCGACAAUGUCGGCUGCUGGAUGCAGAUACAAGUGGGCAAGGGUCCGUGGGCCUCUGAGGUCUCCGGUUUGGUCAAGAUCGGUCAAACUAUGACUAUGGUGCUGGCCAUCAAGGACGAUGACUCCAAGUUCGAUAUGUUGGUGCGUAAUUGUGUGGCUCACGAUGGCAAACGGGCACCCAUUCAGCUGGUGGACCAACGCGGCUGUGUUACUCGUCCGAAACUGAUGUCGCGCUUCACGAAGAUCAAGAACUUUGGUGCUUCCGCCUCUGUGCUAUCAUAUGCGCACUUCCAGGCCUUCAAGUUCCCCGACUCCAUGGAGGUGCACUUCCAGUGCACAAUUCAGAUCUGUCGCUACCAUUGCCCCGAGCAGUGCUCCGACUCGAAUCUGCAGGAUGUCCACCACCUUCAGGUGGGACCCGAGUCCCAAUACGGUCCACCGCCACCCCAACUGCAUGUGGAUGCCUACCAUGUGGCCAGCGCGAUUGGUAAGCGACGCGAUGAGCGUCGUGUUCAGCGCCGAGCGCGCUCCGUCGGCAGUAUGGAUCUGAAGCCCGAGGUUGGUCUGAAUCGCAUCAUCAAGGUGGUAUCAUCCGGUGAUCUCACCUUUCCAAUUGACGAGCAGAACACCAAUGGCAGCAGUGUGGGUGCCAUUGCUCCCCAAACUAUGGUCUUUCCGAUGCGCGAGGAGGGACUUAUCUGUAUGACUACGCCAGGGUUUGCCAUCACGUUGAUCGUACUGCUGGGCAUAUUGGUUACCUCGUGCCUUAUUUCGGCCGUACUUUAUGUACGCUUACGGCCGUUUGCCUCAUUCGCCGCUAAAGAGCGCUCUGUCGCCUUCACGAACCCACAACUGGCAGCCUCUCUGCCCGUCAUCCAAAUACCAUCGGCGGCGAGCGUGCAGGGCACACUUUCCAAGAAGCGAACGCUCUCAUGA